GCAGCCCUUUCCAGCACUGGCGAAUGCAACUCUACCUUCGACUCGCACUCCCUGGCUCGCUCUGCUCUGUUGCUGUCCAACUUGUCUUUGUGUGGGAGCUGGUGUGUGUACGUGUGUGUGCAAAACAGAGCAAAAACAAUUGCGCGACAAGAAAUCCAAAUAUCAUUAAACAUUACGUGGAUUCAGUUAAAUAUACACCUUGAAACCAACCACAAGUCAACAACGGUGUCCUGCGAAUAUUGAUAGGCCGAGGCAGAGGUGUAACCGUUAAAAAAGGACCCCAGCCCCUCCCACACAGAAACCAUGAUGAGCCUGCUCGGGCGCACCGAUGUGGAUGCGGGCGAAGUUUUCGUCAACUUCAACCAGAAUAUAACUUCCCUGGCCGUGGCCACCAGUGGAGGCUACAGUCUGUACAGCCUGGGCUCCGUGGACUCCACGAUGGACAAGAUCUACCACACGAAGAGCGACGAGCUGUUCCUCAUUGAGCGCCUGUUCGAGAGUUCCCUAGUGGCUAUAGUUUCGCAACGGGCUCCUCGCAAGCUCAAGGUGUGCCACUUUAAGAAGCAGAGCGAGAUCUGCAACUACUCGUAUGCAAACACAAUACUGGCGGUGAAGCUCAAUCGCGAGCGAUUGAUUGUAUGCCUGGAAGAGUCAUUGUAUAUCCACAACAUCCAGGACAUGAAGGUGGUGCACACCAUACGCGAUACACCUUGUAAUCCGCAGGGUCUUUGUGCCCUCUCCUCGUCCUCGGAGAACUGCUAUCUGGCCUAUCCGGGUAGCGUUACUGCUGGCGAGGUACAAAUCUUUGAUGCCAUCAACUUGCACGCCAAGACCAUGAUACCCGCACACGACACACCUCUGGCGGCUUUGGCCUUUAGUCCCUCGGGCACGGAGAUAGCCACCGCCAGUGAGCGCGGCACGGUGAUCCGAGUCUUCAGCUCCCAGGAUGGCAGUCGCCUCUUUGAACUGCGACGGGGAUUAAAGCGCUGUGUGUCCAUCGUUUCGCUCUCGUUUAGCACGUGCGCCGAGUAUCUGGUGUCCAGCUCCAACACUGAGACGGUUCACAUCUUCCGGCUCGAUCGCAGUGCCACGGAAACGGCCGAAGGACAUGGCGGAAAGCAGUCGAGUGACGACUGGAUGGGUUACUCGUUUUUUAGAUUCUUGAGCAAAACGGUCACCAGCUACCUGCCCACGCAGGUGACCGACGUGUUUAGCCAAGGCCGUGCCUUCGCUUCGGUCACUUUGCCGGAGGCGGGAGUGCGCAGGAUGUGCGCCAUUACUACGAUACAAAAGCAGCUGAGACUGCUGAUUGCCUCGCAGGAUGGGUACUUGUACGUGUACUCCAUUCCCACCGUCGAGGGCGCAGAGUGUCAGCUAAUAAAGAGGCACGACCUGCGGCUGGAGGAUCACUAUGCCAUGGAUAUCAAAGGCCUGAACAGUGGUGUGAGCAUUGGCGGAGCAGCUGGAGUUCCGCCGAGCAGUGCUGGUGCAGUCGGAGCAGGCACUGGUGGAAGUGGCAGUGAUGGCAAAUCGUCUGUUUCUGUUUCCGGUGGUGGUGACAAACCAAGUGGCUCCUAUGCGUCGGCCGUGAAGGGUGACGAUCCUGUGGGACCUUCCUCAGCUUAGACAAGGACAAUGAUCAAAUACGAGAGAUGCAGAGAUGGUAAACGAAACUCACUCCUCAAAGUAAUAAGGACGAUGAUGCUAAAGUGAUUGCAAUGAUGCUUGACGGCGGCGGUGAUGAUUUAACGACGGUGGCUCUGUGGCGUCAAGCGUAUUUAAGUAAAUAAAUAGGUCAUAGACUUAAUUUAGCUCUUAAUAUUGUCAGCGAUGAUUCUUCCUCGUUUUGUACCAGCCAAUAUUCCUUUGUACCGCCUCUCCCUACCCAAAACAUUUUUUUAGUUUUAAGUCCCCGUUCCUGGCGCUGCCAUUGGAAUGCAAAAUGCUUUUGUCAUACACUCCUAAGUUAGUUGUUAAUUAAUCAUUUAAACGGAUUUACAGAUUCGCUUUGAUAUUUGAGUUGCCAGCUUUUUAUAUAUAAUAAACGGCCUUUGCAAAUUAGUUUUA